AUGGCUCUUCCUCUCCCUCCCUUUACGGAAAAAACAUACAACCCCAUUGAAGACUAUGGUCUCAUCGGCGAUAUGCAUACUUGUGCGCUGGUGAGCAAACAGGGCAGCCUGGAUUACAUGUGCUGGCCAGUCUUUGACUCUCCGUCCGUGUUCUGUCGCUUGUUAGAUGCUGAGAAAGGCGGUUUCUUCUCCGUGAGGCCGAAUGAUACUGCUACCGAACCUCACAACAAGCAGCGGUAUCUGCCAUACUCAAACUUGCUCGAAACACGAUGGACCAAUGAAGCUGGCGUUGUGACAAUGUUGGACUACUUCCCAGUGACAACCAUAAAGGAUGCUCAAAAGUCUGGGCGUAUGUUGUCGGGUUAUUGUCCGUGCAAUGAACCUGGCAUCAACAGGUUCAAGUCAGGGCUGCAGCAUUCGGGGUUGAUUAGAAAAUUGGAGUGCAGUCGUGGCACUAUGGAAUUGCUGGUUGAAGUUUUUCCUGCCUUUAAUUACGCUCGAGACCCACACAAUACUCGUGCCAGAUUGGAGAAUGAUCUGGGUAAAUCACCGCUGCAGACCGUUCACUUCGAAAGUGCCACGGAGCGAUUGGCAGUUGAGAUUUUUGCUGAGUCUCGGGAGCCUGACCAGCUUGGAUAUCCCAAGGUGAUAUUUUCUCUGGAAGAAAGAGUAGGCUUAAAGGGUAAAGGGAUAGUAGCUCGGAUCCUCCUGUCAGAGGGACAGACCUUGCAUCUGGUGCUGCAUAGUCCCGAGAAGUGCGUGCCUAGCUCAGCGGUCAUGGCUGCCUAUCUCUCUAUGAUGGAAGAGGAGACAUCUGACUACUGGACGAAUUGGACCCGCAAAUGCUCGUUUCGUGGUCACUAUCGUGAGACCGUUGAACGCAGCCUGCUGAUUUUGAAACUUCUCACGUACAAGCCGACAGGGGCGAUCAUCGCGGCGCCUACUUUCUCGCUUCCCGAAAACAUAGGUGGGGCCCGUAAUUGGGACUAUCGGUACUCCUGGGUGCGCGAUACAGCCUUUACCUUGUACGUCUUCCUGAAGAUGGGAUACAAUAAUGAGGCUGAAGACUACGUGACCUUUAUCUUUGAUCGGAUUUUCCCGCAUGCCGCCCAAAGCAUUGAGUCGGGGGACAACAGACCAUUCUUGCCACUCAUGUUCACCAUUCGUGGUGAUUGUGACAUCCCCGAGGUAGAGCUAGACCACCUUGAUGGAUACAAGGGUAGCAAGCCCGUUCGCAUCGGUAACGCUGCUGUAUUCCACACGCAACUUGACAUUUACGGAGAACUUCUGGACAGCGUUUAUAUGUACAAUCAAUGUGGAAAUCCGAUUACCUACGAUCAGUGGACCGCCAUCCGACGCAUGGUAAACUAUGUUCUUUGCGUGCGAAGCCACAAGGACAUGUCUAUUUGGGAAUCCCGUGGUGAGGUUCAGAGCUUCGUAUACUCCAAGGUGAUGAUCUGGGUGGCACUGGACCGCGGAAUCCGUCUCGCAGAGAAACGUACUAGUUUGCCAUGUCCAGACCGUUUCACAUGGAUCAAGGUGCGCGAUGAGCUCUAUGAUGAAAUUAUGGCCAAAGGGUUCAAUGCCGAGCGUGGCCAUUUUUCACAGAGCUAUGAGAGUCCAGACGUCUUGGAUGCAUCGAUUCUAAUUGCUCCCUUGGUCUUCUUUAUUGCACCCAACGACCCGCGCUUCAUCAGCACCUUGAAGAAAAUCCUGCAAAGCCCUGAGAAGGGUGGCCUAUCGAGCGCUAAGAUGGUGUUCCGGUACAAUCACGAGAAAUCCAAUGAUGGUGUGGGCGGAGCCGAAGGAGCCUUCAUCAUGGUUACUUUCUGGCUUGUUGAAGCCAUGGCCCGUGCCGCCAAAUACAAUGUACCUAUUCCAAACAUCCGGAAACUUGCACUCUCUCAUUUCGACAAUGUCCUAUCUUACUCAAACCACCUCGGUAUGUUCUCUGAGGAAGUUGCUAUUUCGGGAGAGCAGAUGGGCAAUACUCCUCAGGCGUUCAGUCAUCUUGCCUGUAUCAGUGCCGCAAUCAAUCUAGAUAGACUCAAGGAUGCAGAUGGCAACGAAUAG